GAAGCUAAUCAAAAACUUCCGGUUUGUUUGUGCAAUAGAUGUUUUUGUAGUGUUGUGUCAGAGAAAAUGCUGAAACCAACACUUUUAGCGAGGAUCAACGCGCAUAGACAGUUUCAUGAAUGUAAACAUCCUCAUUUUACGUUUGGUGACUGCAUUUGAUAAUUAAUUUCGUUUUGAACUUGAAAAAUAAACCAAAAUCAAGCCACAGUGAAUGUGAAUUAUAUAAGCUGCAGUACUGUAAGACUACAUUUUAACGAUGAAAAAAAUGAAAACAACAAAGGGUUGAACGGAGACAAGAGUUUGGCCAACAUGGUGGUUAGAUAAUACAUCCGGGAACACGAAUUACUUGAGCUUGUUGUCUGGUGUUUCAACCCCAAAAACAACAUGGAUGGAAAUUCAGAGAAUGAAUGCCUCGAUCUGAAGCUUUGUGCCGAGAUGGAGAAGCUUGUAGACCAGUUGACUGAAUCGGGAAAGCCUGUACUCAACACUGAAGUGAUGAAAUCCUUUAAGAAAAUAUGCAGAAUUUCAGAUCUGUAUGUGAAGCAUGCAUUUCAUAUGCUGAUGACAAAACUUGAGGAAGACCAUUCUGAGGUUCGACUUUCUGCCUUCCAGAUGGUGGACGAAUUAUUCAACAGAUCCCAUGCCUUUAGGGAAUUACUAGUGUCUGAAUUUCAACGCUUUUUAGAAUUAACAGUUGAGGUUGAUUUUGAGCAGCCACUUCCUCCUCCAAAGGCUGCAGCAGACAGUCUACGAACUAACUCGCUCAAGGCCAUACAACAAUGGCAAGAGAAAUACGGGGAAGCCUACAAAAAACUCAAGCUUGGCUUUAAUUACCUCUCUACCUGCAAACAUGUGAAUUUUGACAAUAUAAGAGCCAGAACACUGGCAGAACAACAACGUCAGAGAGAAGAGGAAGCAAAGAACAAGAGGAUUGCUACUGAGAGAAUAAAGAAAGUUCUCUGUGAAUUGGAAGAUACCGGUGGAGAUAUACAGAACAGUUUAAAGGAAGUACAGACAUGUUUUGAUUUGCUCCUUCCUUCACCAGAAAACUUUUUUAUCAAGGCUCCAGACGAUAAAAUACAGGAAGAUCAGAAAACCGAUGUCUCGGACAAACAAUAUUCAGGAAAUUUAGUGACAUAUUCAAAUGGAGAAAACUCAGACAUGCUCAAUGAAAGUGAAAUUUCUGGUGUUAAAUGUGAAAAUAAAAAUUUUUCAGAUCAAACAAACUCGGUGUUAGAAAAGACGAAUUGUGAAACUUUCACAUCAAGUGCAAAAAACUGUGAUUCAUUAUCUAAAGGAGACAAUUCGUUAUUAAAUGGCGAUGAUGUAAUGGCAAAGACUGAUAGCUUCAACAGUACAGAAAGCAAUGAUAAGAAUGAAAACGAAAAUUUAAAAUCUAAUUGUAAUAGUGAAAAUUUUAAGAGUGGAUGUGAGAGUCGGUUGGAUAAUGGACAUCAUUUGAAUUUAAGUAAUUCAGAAAGUGAUGAUGAGGAUGAUGAUAUGGAGAGUAUAGAUGAAGAUUAUUUUGUCCAGCAACAUGGUUUAGGGACACACAGAUACAACAUCACUAUAGAUGUUAACCCAGGACCUGUGUCGCUACAGGAGACCGAGGACAACCAGGCAGUCCUUACUACACUCAAGGAUUUGUACAGACUCAUCGUGUCCAAGUAUUUCCCUACAGUACAACACUGGUUACAGGUUCUUUCUAAAUAUGGAGCGAAACAAGAAGAAAUAAAAAAAGUUAUCAACCUGAAAUCAGAGAUGGAGAAAACCAAGAAACAGUUUCAUGAGUUGAAAAUUGUCCCAGAGGAAAAGGUUGAUACCAGGAGAGAUUCAGAUGAGAGUGAAGAGGAAUUUGAAGAAGUUCCAGAGAAGGAAGGAUAUGAACCACAUAUUCCAGCUCACCUUCGCGCUGAGUAUGGUUUGGAGCCCUUGCCCAGUACAACAGAGCAAAGUCAACUUGGGACAGCUCAUCUUAAGAUACUCCCUGCAAAAAAUAAGAAGCCAGCACCAUCAACAAGCCAGAAUCCACUCGUGAAGAAAGAAACCCCUCAGUACUGGGACAUCAAAUGUCGUGUUGAGGAGGACAGUGUCGAUGAUCCUGCAUCCCUCAAGGCCAACCUCAAACGCCUGGGGAAGGAAGUCGGUAAUCCUGGCCCAAGCAAUGCAGAGAAAAGUUCUUCCUCUCUCAGUAAUGAAAAGACAAGGGAAAAACCUGGUUCUUCUAGUGCAAGUGAAAGUUCAAGGAAAGAAAGGCUGUUACAGAAAGCACCAUUGAUCUCGUAUGGUGUGGACCUGGAACAUUGGGAGGACCCAGAAAAUAUAGCCAUGCCUAUGGUGGAAAAGUAUGAUUCUCUGCACAGAUUCUGGACACCUUCAGAAGAAGCUUCUGAUGUCCCAGAAAAGGAGGGAAAGGCUGCUAUAACCAAACGUAACAUUAGUUUCACAGGGAAGUUUGAGCCCGUCAAAUGGAGUUGUCGUGCUCCACUGCCAAACGGAAAGCUCUGUGAAAGGAAGGACAGACACAAGUGUCCGUUCCAUGGGAAGGUCAUUCCACGAGAUGACCUUGGAAAUCCAACAGAACCAGAAGACAUUGCUAGAUUGGCCAGUAAGGAGCCUGAUGUCCUAGAUGAGCUACCUCCUUGGCAGGACCCAGAACUCCAGGCAGAUAUUGAGGCAGCCACGGGCAUUGACCUUGGCUCUGGGAGGUCAAAGGGUAAAGGUAAAGGCAAGGGUAAAGGUAAAGGCAAAGGAAAGCAAUCAAAACACCCAAACCUAACCAACAUUAGAGAGUCCACAAACACCGCACGUAACAGGCUUGAGGCAAAAAUAUUUAAACCGUCAGCAUUAAAACGAGUUGCUGCUGCGCAAAAUGAAAUUGCUUUCAAGAAAGUACGGGACAAGUUUGGAAACCAGUUUAACUAUGCUCUCAAAUGAACAGAGAAUGAUAGUGUGACAGUGAACUAUUUCAGAUGACAUGGAGUUAACGUUCAGGAUGACUUUAUGUUGAAUAAGACUUAUUUGGUGCCAUCAGCUGGGAUAUUUUGAGGUCACUUAAAACUUCUUUAUACAAACAAUAUAUACAAAAAUUAUAGACAGCCUAUCAGUAUGAUCCGCAAUUUAUUAUCUCAGAAUCGUAUUUAUUUGUGUCUGAUUCAAACUAGAUUAUGAAAAACUGUGGAAAAAAUAAUCUGAUCAUCCAUUUACAGGAACAACCUUUCCAGUCAUGGUAAUUGUGUUCAAUUUGGAAAUUUUAGGUUUAGAUGUGUAAGUAUUUAUUGGACAUAUACGGUCUUUUAAAAACCAAUUUACAGUCCAGGAGUUUUGUGUUUGUAUUAAAAUAUUUUUGUGUUUUCUCAAUGUAUGCUUUGCAGUAUAUUUUAAUGUUAUACUAGGUACUUCUAAAAUGUAUAUUUUUAUGUUUAUUUAUGAAGAAAUCUUGUUUGCCAUAGACUACAAUGUAAAUGUAUACAAUACAUAAUUGUACAAAUAAUUUAUGUACUCGUUAUCGAGUCUUGUUCAAAUCUCCUAAAGCUGUAUGAACGUUACAAUUUUUAACAUUUAUCAAUGUUGAUGUUCCAUUCUUAUAUUAUAUGUGUUUGCUUCCCUUAUUGAACUCUUGAUUAGUAAAUACGGGUUAAACAAUAUUAAGGUGGUCGCCCAUGCUUCAUCCAAGGAGUUACCUCUCUUUAAUCUUUAUUUCAACUUAAUACAAGAUUCCUAAUACAUUACACCACUGUCUGACAGUAUUGACUUUCAGCUCAGCUUGUUUUGAAGGAAUGGGCUAUAGAAAUUGUGUAGGGUCGUGGUGGCCUGUGGGGCCGCGGUGGCUGAGUGGUAAAGGUGUCCUGACACUUUAUCACUAGCCCUCCACCUCUGGGUUGCGUUGGGCAGUUGCCAGGUACUGACCGUAGGCCGGUGGUUUUUCUCUGGGUAAUACGGCUUUCCUCCACCUCCAAAACCUGACACGUCCUUAAAUGACUCUGACUGUUAGUAGGGUGUUAAACAAAAUAAACCAAAUAUAGAAAUUGUCUUUUGUCUAUCACUUUGUCCUUCAUUAAACAAUUAUACUUGUUAGCAAUUUUUAUUAGAAAAAAAUCUUCACAUGUAUGUUUCCCUUGGUGCCUGUGUUAUGCAUAUAAAAUGUUGAUGACUUAAUUUAUUAUUGGUUGGAAUCCUAGAGUAGCUGACUGAAUUCAUUCAGGGUGGACAUGAUUGUCAUAACAAGUCAUUAAAAUAAAGAAUGAUUGAGAAAAGUUCAAACUUAUAACUAACUAUUAAUGAAUAUCAUAUGAUGUUGGGCACCAAGACCCCCCAGGGAUCUCUUGUUCAUGUAAUUACUAUUUAAUGUACAUUGUAAUUGUACAGUAACCAGGGCAUUAGUGAUCUAUCCCUCUAAAGGGAAGGUUGCUUAUAUUUAUAAGAUUAUUUUUGCAUAUGUAAAUGUUAAGAUAUAUGUAUUGAUCAUUUGAUAGACUAUUGUUCACUAUGUUUAUGUCAGGAUAUUGGGCCAUCACUGCACCACUGAAACUUUUAAGAAAGUGGAUGUAGUGUAGUGGUAUAAGCUGUGGGUAUUUCUGGCUAGGAGAUUAGGGUGUC